UUUGUCGUCACGUUAAGGAGGAGGAGCUUCAGAGAACGAGGGUGUGGCCGGACCGGCGCGGCGGCGGGCGAGCGAGCGCUUUAGCGCCUGCCGUUAAUCAACUCCAGCUCGCGGCGUGGAUUCACGAGGGCGUGGCCUAACGGAACGUCGCCGCUCGCGGGGGCCGGUAGGCGGACACCCUGCGACUGUUGCCGAGGCUUCAAGAUGGCGGAAGCCCUGACAACGCAGGAGGAGCGGGCCGUGGACGAGUUCCUGGCUGAGCUGAGGAACCCGGAGCAGCGCGGCGCGGUGCUGGUGUCCCGCGGCACGGCCGUCAAGUUCCUCAUGGCCCGCAAGUUUGACGUGUCCAGGGCCAUCGACCUCUUCCGGGCGUACAGGAACACGAGAUUGAAAGAGGGCAUUUGUGACAUCAACCCGGACGAGGAGCCUUUGCGGUCCGAGCUGCUGAGCGGAAAGUUCACGGUUCUGCCCCAUCGAGACGCCAAGGGGGCUGCGCUGGCGCUCUUCACCGCUCGCCUCCACAGGCCGGACUACACUACCCACAAGGCUGUGCUGCAGGCCAUCAUUUACCAGCUGGAUAAAGCCAUCGAGAGCAUCCAGACGCAGCGGGAUGGCCUCAUCUUCAUCUACGACAUGACCAACUCCACGUACGGAAACUUCGACUACGAGCUCUGCGUCAAGAUCCUCAAUCUCCUGAAGGGUGCAUUUCCCGCACGUCUCAAGUGCGUCUUCAUCGUGUCGUCACCGCUGUGGUUCCGGGCCCCCUUCUCCGUGCUGCGCCUCUUCGUGCGGGAGAAACUGCGCGAGAGGGUGUGCACAGUGAAGGCUCAUGAGCUGGCCAGCCACAUUCCCAUGGACUCCCUGCCGGAGCACCUCGGCGGUCGCUCGCGGUACAGCCACGUGGCCUGGAUCCAGGCCUGCAUCAACUCGGAGCGCACGGGGGUCCCGCUGUCCCCCCGCUCCUCUGCCCCCGCCUCCAAGGACAAGCUCAACGCCAACGUGCGCCACCAUCACCACCACCCCCGGCAGCGACAGCCCAACUGUCAGAACUGGAACGGUUCCACUCACGGAGCUGCAGUUGUGGGGGCGGAUUUGGGAGGAGGAGGGGACAGGCUUGCGGACCACGGUAAGGCUGGCCAAGGCGGGAGCCCCGGUGCCAAAAGAAACGGACUAGGCGGACAGAGCCCCCUCGAUUGGGACGCGCCCCCGGACGCGGCCCCGCACCAAAAGGUGAGCGACGGGACCGGACGAAGGGACGUGGUCCGGGCAGGGCUUGACGGCGGGGAGGAAGGCUGGCCGCCCCAGAAGACGCCCCGCCGUCCGUCGCGAUGCCAGGACCUGCGUCCUGCAGGAGAGCAGGCGCAGUCGGUACACGUGCCCGAGCACGGUGGCAUGGCCGUCAAAGAGCUGCUCCAGUACGUGAAGAGGAAGAAGAAGAAGGGCAUCUACCAGGAGUACGAGGAGAUCCGCAAGGAGCCGCCGGCGGGCACCUUCGAAUACUCCAAGAAGCUUUCCAAUCAGAUCAAGAACCGAUACAGCGAUGUUCUGUGCCUGGACCACUCCAGGGUGACGCUCACGACUCGGCACGACGCAGAUGAUGAGACGUCGGAUUAUAUCAACGCAAGUUUUAUGGACGGGUACAAAAGAGUCAACGCCUACGUUGCCACUCAGGGGCCUUUGCCAAAAACCUUCGGUGACUUCUGGCGCAUGGUGUGGGAGCAGAGGGUUCUGAUUAUCGUCAUGACAACCAGAGUGGUGGAGCGCGGCCGGGUCAAGUGCGGCCAGUACUGGCCGCUGGAAGAGGGGUCCGCCGACGUCUACGGCCGCUUCCAGGUCAGGAACAGCCGCAUCGAGAUGUUCCAGGACUUCAAGCUCUCGCAUCUGGAGCUCUGCGACAGCCAGUCAGGGGAGCGCCGGGACGUGGCCCACUACCUCUACGUGAGCUGGCCGGACUUCGGCGUGCCCAAGUCGGCCUCCGCCAUGCUGGACUUCCGCGCUCAGGUCAAGCGGCACCAGGAGGCCGCCUUCCAGGCCAUGUGUACCGACUGGACGGGGCCGGCGGGGGGCCCCCCGCUCGUGGUGCACUGCAGCGCCGGAAUCGGAAGGACAGGCACUUUCUGCACCCUGGACAUCUGCCUGUCGCGGCUCGAUGACAUCGGCACCGUGGACGUGAGGCAGACGGUGCGGCGCAUGCGCUCCCAGCGCGCCUUCAGCAUCCAGACCUGGGACCAGUACUACUUCUGCUACAGGGCCGUGCUGGAGUACGCGCAGCGCCGGGGCCUGCUGCCGCCCGUCGAGUGGUCCGACACCGAGCUGGAGACCGACAGCGAGUGAGGCGCCGGGAUGGGAGGAGAUCCGGGCGUCCGGGGUCCGAGGAGGCCGCGGGGCCGCGUCGCCGUUCCUCGUGAGCGCGGCGAGAAGAAGGCGGCGAAUCGCUCGAGAGGGCGCGCGGCCCCUCGAAGCGUACCGACCGCGUUUCCCCGACUCGCCCGCAGGGGGCGUUCUCCCGCGUCGGGUAGGAGCCCUUCGGCGCCGCCGUCUUUCCCUCUCGCUGUUCUUCAGCCGUUCUGAUUUGGGCCGCGAGCUUCGGAAACAAAACGGGAAUACUUGAGCGAAGAGGAAAAAAAAAAAAAAAAAAAAAAAACACGUGGUUUU